AUGGAAGCAACCCAACGUUACUACGCAUGCGGAGGUCGACCACAUUCAAUCGAAGGCCCUCAGUCCUCUGGAAAGCAGGUCGUAGUCCUUUUGGGUCCUUCUCGAUGGGCCAAUCACAAGGAUCGCGAGCUCCUACAAUCUGACUCCGUCAAGAACGACUUCUCUCCUUUAUCCAGCAGAGUGACAAAUCUUCUUUUCCAGCUUUUGGCUGAAUCGCACUUUGGCUCGAAGGAAGCGAGUGUGGUCGAUCUCCGCAUGAGUCGAACGUUGGGUGACUUCCAUGCCCACCGCCAGUGUUCUUUGUUUCAUGAAGAUGGAGUUGUCAUGCAAACUAGAGAGGAGAAGAGCCCUAAGGCUGGGGAUCCGAUUGCAUCUCGAGCGACUGGUAGCUAA